AUACCUGUUCGCGACCAGAUUUCAAGAUUAUUAAAAGAUAAAAAAAUUCGUAAGUAAUUUUAAGAUUUUCUAAUUGUAUUAUCGACCGUUUGUGUGCGGAGUACUAUGUAAAAACAAGCUUUGCAAGCUUCUGUUUCUUUUCAGGAAUGUGUCAUACUUUUGUCAUUUAAUGUGAGAAACUUGACGCGGUUGAGAGAGAUUGAACAAAUCUCAUCAUAUCCGUCAAGGGGAUACUCUUUUAUUAAGUGGUAGGACUAUAGGUACAAACCCCCAUUACUUUAUUGUGUGGUAGAGCCAAGUUAUCCCAAUGACGUCACGAACACAUGCGCAUAGGCUUACCAUAGUUGUACGCAAUCGCAGUAGAUAAAAUUACCGAACCCACCUAUUAUAACCAAGAAUAAUUGUGGCGUGGUGUUAACUGAGCAAGAAUUAUUCCUCUUCUAUUCAGUAUGGAUGAAGAUAAUGACACCCCACUCAUUAAAAUCGAACCAAAACAAGAAGAAGUAAUCUAUUCCUCUCUUCAGGGACACGUUUCAGUAAGCAACGAAGUUUUGGUGACAAUAAAGGACGAAAUUACCAUUGGUACAUCGUGUUCUAAAUCUCUUUAUAAUGAAGAAGUACAACCACACUCUGACUUUCAACAUCACCUUUUAACUCGGUGCAAAACAGAUUCUAAAGAUUUUAAAUGUGGUGAUUGUGAUUAUGAGACAAAUGUUAAAGGCAGCCUCAAACAACACCUUUUAAAACAUACAAUUUCUAAGGAUUUUAAAUGUGGUAUUUGUAAUUAUGGGACAAAUAAUAAAAGCCACUUCAGACGGCAUCUUUUAAAACAUACAGUUUCUGAGUUUUUUAAAUGUGCUACUUGUGAUUACGGGACAAAUAUUAAACGUAACCUAAAAAGUCAUCUGUUAAAUCAUGCAGUUUCUAAACAUUUUAAAUGUGCAGUUUGUGAUUAUGAAUCAAAUUAUAAAUCCGCUCUUAAAGAGCACUCAUUAAAACAUAAAGUUUCUAAGGAUUUUAAAUGUGGUGAUUGUGAUUAUCAGACAAAUUAUAAAUCGUCUCUUAAAAAACACUUCUUAAAACAUAGAGUUUUUAAGGAUUUUAAAUGUGCUGAUUGUGAGUAUGAAACGAAUUAUAAAUUCGCUCUUAAAAAACACGUUUUAAAACAUAAAGUUUCUAAAGUGUUUAAAUGUACCAUUUGUAAUUAUGGGACAAAUGAUAAACACAACUUCAAAAAUCACCUUGUAAAACAUAAGGUUUCUAAGGAUUUUAAAUGUGCCGAUUGUGAUUAUGAGACGAAUUAUAAAUCAGCUCUUAAAGACCACUUUUUAAAACAUAAAGCUUCAAAGGAUUUUAAAUGUCCUGACUGUGAUUAUGAGACAAUUUAUAAAUCCGCUCUUAGAAAACACUUUUUAAAACAUAAAGUUUCUAAGGAUUUUAAAUGUGCACAUUGUGAUUAUAAGACAAAUUAUAAAUCAGCUCUUAAAAAACACUCUUUCAGACAUGCAGUUUCUAAGGACUUUAAAUGUGCUGAUUGUGAUUAUGAGACAAAUUAUAAAUCUGCUCUUCAAAAACACUCGAAAAAACACUUUUCAAAAUAAGGUGUACCAAUUAUGAUUUUGGGACAAAAAGUAAAACCUUUGAAACAUAAGAAAGAAAUAUUUUAAAUGUGCUAUUUGUGAUCAGUCAUAGUCAUAACCUACCAGAUAGGAACGCAAAUGGAA